CUUGUAAAUAUACAUCACAAUUCAAUAGUUUAACGUUUUUCUAUGAUGUAAAACACUUGGAAAAACCAGAUUUUACAUACGUCGUCUUUUGACCGGUGAAGAUCGUUAACCCUUGCUCAAUGUUUAUAGAUAAAUGGAAAUUAAAGGAAUGGUCAAAUUAAUUGAUAACAUAACAUGUAGGAAAUCAAAUUGAGCAAGUCGCAAAUUCACCGUGACGAAAAAUAAUCGCGUGGUAUCAUCAUCUACCCAUCACUAUGACAGGAACCUAUCAUUUCCGUAGUGAUUUUUACUUAUUUUACGUGUAAUUACUGUGUUUGGUCAUCAAUAUUCGAUAUCUUCAGUUGCAUUUAAUAAUAGUAUACCCAGCAUGUCUUCAUCGGGGCGCGGGCGGGGCUACACGGGUCGCCACCACAUGCGGCCGGAGCCUCGGCCCGGAGACACCGACGUGGACGAGCUGGAGGCCGCCCGGACGCUUGCCGAGCUCAGCCCAAGAUCUCCUGGUAUUCUUACUUCAGAUGCCAAGUGCGAGCCCAAACCUGACAAUGAUAGACCCAAGAGAGCAGAACACAAAACACCGGAGAAGGAAGAUAGACCUAAAGACAUGGAGAUAAAGUAUGGUGUCCUACAACCAGAGGAUGAGAAGAUUUUGAAAGAACUGUUGAAUGUGGAUGAACAGUUCACGCCUUUAUUGGUGCUUCUAGAGCAAUUUUCACCCGGAGAGGAUGGCAUACAAUUUAACAGAAAAUUGAGACAUUUUGAGACUACAGUCACUAAUAUGUGCCCAGAUGAGCCUAGACUAUUACAAGCAUUCGCCACGUUCCGCGCAGCCGCCCUCCUCAGCUCGAGCUCGGCGCGCAAGCUAGCGGCUGUUGGGGCCUCCUUCACCCGGCAACAGAGGCAGCAGUUGCUCCGGAGUGCACUGUUGAAUGUCGUAAUGCAGGGGACUUUUGCUAAGCUGGAUGUCUUAGAACGCGCGAACCCACAGUUCCUGAUCAACGCAGCCAACCUGAUGGGAGACUACUUUGCAGAAGCGCGUCUAUGCAACGGCAAUAAGGUGCACAUUCUGGCGGCGCCGCUGCUGCAGUACAUGAAGGCUUUGCUCGUCUGCAACGACAUCAGAGCACACAGGAGUCUCGCCACACAGCUAAUGCAGAACGGAAGAGAACUUUUAUCAGUGCUAGCGCAAGAACUGGACGACCUCUCCAUAUCCAUCAGAAUAAGACUGUUGACGACCCCCCCUUUCAGCAUCAUCUGGCUUUUGCUCUCUGCCGAUUUGUGCCUGAACAAAUUCCUGCCACUACCCAACACAUUGCAACAGUUCUACGCUUCUCACCUGGACUUAAGCCAAGAGGAUAACAACCCCAACUAUAGUGAGGUGAGCUACGGGUCAUGGAAGAAAUCUCCGGAGAAAGAGGAUAACAAGUCACUGUCCGAAGGAUCAGAGAUGAGUCUAGCGGAGAAGGUAAGUCAGAAUAUAUCUCAAUUGAACCUUAGUCACGAAGAAGACUUGAUGAAACCAAAGUUGAGACCGAUUUUGGGGGCGGGGGCCGGUUUGCUAAGGCAGGAGCAGCAAACCCAAGGCUUCGGUUGCAGCCAGGAUAACUUUGAAACGUGGACCCCGAAGAGUUUGAGCAAACGGUACGACUUGAACUCGUGGAGACAAGGAGAGGAAGAGAAGAAAGACGAGACUCCAGAACCACCCGUGUUCAACCCAACGGUGCUGCCACCAAACUUGACAUCCGCACCAAAUUUUCCAACGGUCCCCGACUACCCUCCACCGAACAUCAACCGCUUUAACAAUUACCCCGCUGAGAAUUUCCCCAACUAUCUUCAGCAAGGCGACGGAGCGUAUAUCCAGAGUCAAUACCAGGAGAGACCGAACCCAAGCUACACCCCCGAGUUCCAGCCACCACAGACCUUCGUUCAAAACGUUGAAAGACAGAACUCUCUACCCGACCGCGUUAAUAACGAGAUUCAGAAGACCACACCAAACGCUAGAAGACCGGUGGAGAACUGGAGGAAAGAAAAGAGUGAUUUGGGAGCUGAUGACGCCAACAGAAACCGACAGAAGAACUGGACGCGCCAGUCCAGAGACAAUGUAGACGAGGCGGAAACGGAAAGCCAAGAUGGCGGCGGGGACGGGAACUUCCGGAUUUCAAGAGCGAAUUCCCGGGAAAUCCGACCGGGAAACCGACAGAAUAGAAGAAAUAGCUCCAGCACAGAGAACCUCGGGACCUCGGCGGACAAGGCUAGGAGGCAUGUGUCGGAUGUGCCCAGAAGCAACAAAUACUGGGACCACGACGACAGAUGUGACAUAGACUAUACUAGUUAGUGUUUUAAAAAGAGAUUUUUCAAAAUGGCGGCCUUUAGUGCGCGUGUGAAAGUUUAGUUUUUGAGUUUGACACAAAAAGUGGUGAUUUUGAUGUUGUUUUGUGAUAGUUUGCGAACAGAUGUGUUUGCAUUUUGAAAAUGAAUUGAUGGUAGCGAUGAAAAUAGGUUUUUUUUUCGGAAGGUUUUUAAAUGUAAGUCCCCUUAACUUGGGGUUAAGUAAUGGAAUUUGGAAAAAAGUUGGUGUUCUUUUUUCGUUAAGUGAAAUAAAUUAAGUAUUUGAAUGUCUGACUUCUCAGUUAGGUAUGAUUGUAAAUUUUCUUGUAAAAGGUUAAUACUUUCGGACUUUAAUAUAAAAUGUAUGAUGUAAAAUUUGAAAUUAUUCGUAAAUGCCUUAUACAUAAUAGAAUAUAUUUCGGAAUUCUUAUGAAUGUGUAAAAAUACCUGUGCUACAAUUUGUAUAAGUUUUUUUUUGUAAGAGCCCUUAAAUUACAAAAUAAUAUAUGAAGUUCAAAUUCCUCUAAAAAUGCAAUAAUAUGCGUUGAUUACAUCCACCGAUUGUAAUAGAAUAACUUUAGGACAUAAUUUACAAUUAAAAUGUUAUUUUAUCUUAUAAAUUUAAUGUUAAGACCAAAAUUCUUUAUAAGAACAGAGAGAUAGCAUAGUAAAAUAAGAAGACAGUUCAGACUUUUCCAAAAUAGCACUACAAUUUAACCAAUUUUAAUGUAACUUAUGUCCUAAAUGUUAAGAUUCCAUGUUGCUCAAAUAGUUUUUUUAGACAUGACAUUUCAAGCAGUAAGUAGGUUACAUAAGGAAAGCGUCCACCUAUCGCACCAAACGGAUUUUAAUAAAUGUAUGGAGAAACGGCGUCAAUCCCGAUGAAAUGGACGCACUUGUGUGAAUUUCUAUACAAAGAAUACUGAAUGCCAUGCGUCCGUUGUGUACGAUGCCGAAAGGUAGACGCUUACCUUUCAAAUACUGUUUAGUGCCAGUUUGAUAUUUCAUGAGUACAUUAUAGGAAAAAAAAUAUGGCGAUUAAAUUUUUAGGUAAAGUUUCUAGCGCUGGGCAGAUAAUUUAGUAAAAAUGUUUGAAGAUUCUAUUUGUAUGUUAGAAAAAAUCUUUUUUACUUACGCCUUUCUUACUUGUUAGUGUAAGAUAGCCACAUCUUCCCAUUUUAGUCCGAUUAGAUAUCUAGAUUUUCUAGUGUUUUAGCUGAAGACACUCGAGAUUCUAAUUUGAAGCUUAAAAUUUGAGACAUAAAGUUCAAAAUCAUAAUGCGAUUAUAGCCACCAUAUUUUGUUAGCCUCACAAGAUUUGGUGGUGUGUAGUGAAAAUAGAACCUUAUCUCUCUGGUUUUAACAUUCAAAUUAGUACAAAUACUAGUUCCAUGAUAAUGUAAUAGUUAAUAAACGAUUAUCGGAGGCGACGCUAGAAUGUAACACUAACGUAUAAGAUAAAUUUGCCUAGUUUAGACUCUAUUGGAGAACAAAUAAGGUGCAUUUUGUAAAGUGAGAAAUUAAUCGGUAAAUUUUGUGCUUAGUGCGUUUAGGUUCAUUGUGAUGGGAAGAGACAUUGCGAUCAACUUUAGAAAAGGGUAGAAUUUUAUCAGUAAACUACCAAUGAACGACUAAAUACAGCCUGAGUAACUAAGUCGGCCAACUGUUAGCCUACUACUGAGAGUGCAAUCUAAGGGUGCUUACAUAGAGAAUCGGGUUCCCUGUAUCUACCUGUACCGGUAACCUGAUUAUGCGAAAGCGCUCAUGACAUUAAAAAAUCCGGGAAAUGCUCCGUGAGUAAGCGCUUUCGCAUAAUCAGGUUACCGGUACAGGUAGAUACAGGGAACCCGAUUCUCUAUGUAAGCACCCUAAGUCGGCAACCUGUUCGCCUACUGAGAAUGCAAUCCCAAGUGGGGAAGGCUAAUGAUUUAAGUUGCCUGGGCUUUUCUCAUCCAGCCGCCUGUCUAACAUCCAUUGGGCCGUAGGGCGUCCCACGCUUAGAUCGCAUACUAUCUGAAGACUCGUGAUGUUUCGACCCAGGCACUAAAGAAGUGAGGAAGCGUUUAUAAAUUUAGUCCUCAAAUUGGAUUGCGCCAUAAUGUCCGUGAUUUUUAAUACCCUUAUAAAUUGAGUCAAAAUGUUACCUUGGUACUUAUCAUAAAGCUUAGGGUGAGGUCCCAUUGGUGAGUUGCGUCGCGUCGCUCCAAAGAAACUGCCAUUAAAAAGCAUGGCAGCGACGACGCAACUCACCAUUGGGGCCUUGCCCUUACAUAUAUUAUGUACAGUGCCCCAAAGUUAUCUGUUCCGGUGAGAGCUUAUGUAAAUGUUUAAUAUUUCUCUAUUCUAUAAGUUUUUAUGUUAGCCCUUAGUGGUAAUUCGCCUUUGCGGUUUUAAUAAACCUAUCUAAUCUAUAUGAAUAUAUAGUUCGUUAGUAAAUAAUGAGAUAUGGAUCAAUUGA